AUGGCCGGACAAAAGAAGAAACUUCACUUCGUGGAAAAUUUUGGACUGAGUGGUGCUGCAGCAGUUAUCUCCAAGACAGCAGCCGCCCCUAUUGAACGAGUGAAACUUCUUGUUCAAAACCAGGAUGAGAUGAUAAAGGCUGGGCGACUGGAUACACCUUACAAAGGCGUCAUAGACUGCACUGUCAGGACCUACAAAGCAGAAGGAGCUAUUUCUUUUUGGAGAGGUAACCUCGCCAACUGCAUUAGGUACUUCCCAACCCAGGCUCUCAACUUUGCAUUUAAAGACCAGAUCAAAGCCCUUUUCAAGCCAAAUAGAACUGACUCUUAUGCUGUAAAGUUUAGCAAGAACAUUGCUUCUGGCGGUGCAGCUGGAGCUAUGUCAUUGCUCUUUGUGUACUCCCUUGACUACGCCCGAACUCGUCUGGCAAAUGAUGCUAAGUCAAAAGGGACUGAGCGCCAAUUCAAUGGCCUCAUUGAUGUUUACACAAAGACACUGAAGAGUGAUGGCAUUGUUGGACUCUACAGAGGCUUCGUGAUAUCUUGUGUUGGUAUCAUUGUGUAUCGAGGUUUCUACUUUGGCUUGUACGACACCCUGAAGCCAAUGCUGCUGGGAGAUGAUGCCUCACUGGUGCUCUCAUUCCUUCUGGGUUAUGGUGUGACUGUUAGCUCAGGCCUAGCUUCAUACCCAAUCGACACCAUACGCCGACGCAUGAUGAUGACAUCUGGGCAGGCAGUAAAAUACAAAGGCUCCAUUGAUUGUACCAUCCAGAUCUUGAAGAAUGAAGGCUUCAUGUCCCUGAUGAAGGGUGCCGGAGCUAACGUCCUGCGUGGCAUGGCUGGAGCUGGUGUGUUGGCUGGCUUUGACAAGCUUAAGGCGGUGUACAUGAGCUGGCGUUUUGAUGACUGA